AUGGCCGCCCCCUUUGCAGACCCUACGAACGCGUACCAAUCUCCCUCAGAGGCCUCGUGUCCUCAGUGCGGCUACCACAUCGCCGCGGUGUCUGAUAAUUCUACGGAAGCGGCCGAAGCAACACGUCGCAUCCGCGACCUCGAAGCCCAAGUCAGGCUGCUCAACACCAAAGCCGCUGCGGCCGUGGACAAGCUUGCCGACUACGAGGACGAGAUUAGAGUUCUAAGAGAUGCGUAUGGCCAGUCGCAACAGCAGCACGGGCAAGGGCAAGCACAAGGACAAGAACAGGCCGCUGUGCUGACCAGACCAUCCCUCGAAGGUCCCGGUCCUGCCGUACCCCCCACAACGCCGGGGCAGAAUCCGCCACAAGCACAACAGCAGCUGCAGCAGCAGUCAAGACUCGCUAACCUGAGCGCAUUCCUGCCCGGCCGAAAGAGGGAUCGCAGCAGCGCAGGUCAGCCGCCUUUGACGCCAGCAACAGGCACGUUUCCCCAGCACACCACGCUCUCCCCUCCCAAGACCCCGUUCUUCAACAUCGGAGGCGGAUCAAACCACUCGGAGCCCACGCUGUCGGCCCCCGAAAGCACAGCAAACCUUGUAACUCUACAGUCGUCCCUCGAAAAAGAGCGCACGCUCCGACUACGCGCCGAGUCGAACCUGUCACAGACGCAGACUGAAUUGGAAGAACUUACCGCACAACUGUUCGGACAGGCGAACGAGAUGGUUGCGAGCGAGAGGAAGGCGAGAGCCAAAUUGGAAGAGAGGGUCAAAGUGCUAGAGCAGCGGGACGUGGAGAAGCGGAAGAGGUUGGACAAGCUGGAGAAGCAGAUGCAACGGAUCGAGAGGGUCAGGGGCAUGGUAGGGGAUUGA